AAACGUCCUGACCUGUCAUGUCAAGUUAGACAGUCAUGUUUGCUUUGGUCGACAAGGUCUCAACCGAUUACUUUGUCUCACUUGGUCGCACCAGGCGCUCAUCCGCUUGCGCGACAGAGGCUACAGCGCGCUGUCCAAAGCGGGCAUUAGAGUAAGUGAAUCCUGUGUUGCGAGGAGAGGACACAGACAUAGUGGGAGGACUCUGUAAAUCACAAUCCGUUCACUGGGAGGGAAACAGAAUAGGACGGAGAGGCUCACGCACAAGUCCAGCAACGGAAUUCCGUAUUGUUUACCCUGUACCAAGUACCGAGGAGCACCGUUGCGCAGUCUUUACGCACAACCACAGGAGCGGACUGAGGGUGUCUGUCUGUCAUCACCAUGUCAGCGGCAACUGCGUCCAUAGGAGAUGUGUCCAGAACUGACAGAAACGACAGCAGUGAUGCCAAUAACUCAGGUCAGACCCAGGCUCAGUGCACACCCAUGCCCCUGCCAGCCCUGGGCUCCCAGAGGAUCAUCCAGGGCAAUGGUACUAACGUGGGCACCGUUAUUUCCCUGCAGUGUCCAGCCAAACACAAGUUGGUUGGAGGUAAUCUGAUGUGUGUCAUGAUGACCAACAGCACCCAGUGGGUGGGGGAGACCUACUGUAAACCGCUUUCAUACAAUGAGGACUACGGUUUCCGUGUGGCUGUGUUGGCAUCUAUUGUGAGCUCGGCCAUCAUCUUUCUCAUGUCCAUGGCUUUCCUCACCUGCUGUUUAUUAGACUGUAUUGAGAAGGACAAACGGGAAAAGCUGGAGAGGGAGUCAGAUGCGUGGCAGUGGGAGGAGCAGGCCCAACAGCAGGAGCACAGCAGGUCCCGCUACAAUCAUAAGGGCAGAAAUAAUAACAAUAACAACAGCCAGGAAAAAGUGCUGUCACUGUGGGAUGCACACAGCCCUCUGCCAUGUGACAACUCACAAGCCUGCAGGUGUCCUCAGCAGUAUGGUUAUGGUUGGAUCGCCCCCCCCUCAGCUCGUGCCUAUAGCCCUGCUCCCCCUCUCCCAGGACAAGAUUACAAUCAGCCUCUGUUACCUCCAGACCCAGAAUCUGCACCAAUCUCCAGUCAGACUCAGUACCACAAACCUCCACCGUCAGCCUGUCAAACUACGAACCCAAGCCUGAUCCAGAUCUCUGCUGGAGGGCCUAGUAUGGUGUGGCAGUAUGGAGGAGCACAGCACGGCACUUUGUCUGGAAUUACAGAUGAGUCUAACCUGAGGAACAUAAACUCCGCUAAGGAAUUUUCCAUAAGGAUUAUAUCAGUCUGAAGAUACGUUGCACCGAAUGGGAACACCAUCAGUCAGGAGUGUAUUCUCUAUAUAUAACAAUCAAUGAGGACAACAUGCAGAAUGAGGCUACACAUUCCUUAUCUUUUGUUUCAUUCUUUCUGCAGUAGAUGAUAUGAACAAACUAAACACAGAUUGAACUGACAGAUUUAUGUGCCUUUUGUGAAACAUGAUGGCACACUGCCCUCUGGCGACAAUGAGGAGUCAUUGCACUAUAAUGACAUCAAUCUUGUAAGAUUGUAGAAGGUCAAGGAGGUUUCUUUUUUAAUUGAGCCUCAUAGGCAGCAAUUAAGUUGUUGUGUUGAGGUUUAAAUUAACAAUGAAGGUGUAUAUUAGGAUCAUGGUUCACAACAUUUUUGGCAGCUGAGGAAGUUGACUUAACUAAAAAAAAGUUCACCAAAAGAAGAAAGCAUGGGGACUCUGUACAUAUACAUUUUUAAGGAAUGUAAAUAAAGAUUUUUUUAUAAUGAAGAGGGAUAGUGACUGUAUACUGCAAUGGGUGAAUUCCGUGAAUGCAGUUGUUUUCAAGUCAGCCAAACACUUAAAGGAUGUACUGUAUUUAAGUACCUCGUGUGUAAUGUAGGAUAAUGUAGCUCCACAUAGGAAUGUCAGAUUUCUAAAAUAAUUGAAUGUAUCAGGCCUACUUAAGAUCAUAAAUAUUGUCAUUAUUAUUUUUUAUUGAUAAACCUAUUAUCGAUGGAGGCCAAACAAGUGGCAGAAUGCAAAUGAAAAAUAAAGUGAUGAAUGAUAGUAUUGUGA